UUCAUACGAAAAAGAAGAGGAAAUUAGGAAGGUGGAAGUGAUGAAAUGGGUGGCGCGUACCAUAACCACCACCACCACGUGUUGCAGGUGGUGUUGUCGUGCCGGAAGAUCACAGCGCAGGUCACAAACACCACCACUUCAUCCAUCAUAGCCAUGGCUUCCUCUUCCGAGCAGGAAUUCGUCGCCUACCACCGUUCCAAGCUCAAUCGCUUCCCCAGAUCCCACCGUUUCUGGGACGCUAAAGUCGCCUCUCGCGUCGGCGAAAAGCUAGGGCUCCGUCUCCGAGAAAUUGGCGUCACCGGCGUCCAAAUCGACCCUCUCGAGGAACAAUCACGCCCCGUUCAUUAUCGCCUCAUGCUCUCCCCCUUGUUCCAUUCCGUCAAACGCGCCGGCGUCGAGGUUUCCGGCGUUGACUAAUUCAAUUGCUUUUUCGGCCUCCCUCCUGUAAGUUUCAUUUUUGAGGAUUUUCCAUUUUUUUGCCAAUUCUUCACACUCAAUAAAAUUUUGACU